CCAUCGAUGGCCACUGCUGCAACCCUCCUACUCGUAGAAGCAAUGCUGCUCCUCCUCCUGCUCGUGCUCCAGCCCACGGCGGCCGAGGUGUCUGCUCCGGCCACCUUCCCGGGAGACAAGGCGGCGUUAGCGUCCCUGAAAUCCGCGGUGGACGCGGCGACCAUCCCGGCCUACUCCUGCUGCCUCGCGUCGUGGGACUUCGCCCACGACCCGUGCACCACCUUCCCCUGCGGCCUCCACUGCUACACGCCCCCCAACUCCUCCUACCAGCGCGUCGCCGCCGUCGCCCUGGACCCCGCGGGCUACUCCGGCACGCUGCCCGCGCCGGUCCUCGCCUCGCUGCCUUUCCUCCAGUCCCUCACCCUCCGCGGCAACCGCUUCCACGGCGCGCUACCGGCCGGGACGCCGCUGCCGCCGAGCCUCCGCUUCCUCGACCUCUCCCGCAACGCCUUCUCCGGCCAGAUACCAGGGUCCCUCUUCACCGCCGCCUCGUCGCUGCAAGAGCUCGACCUCUCCCACAACGCGUUCACCGGCCCGAUACCGCCUCAGGUCGCCUCCCUGGGCGCCCUGACGCAGAUGGACCUGCAGAACAACGGCCUCACCGGGAGCCUUCCGGCCAUGGGCAAGAUGCGCUCGCUCGCAUACCUCGCCGUGAGCGGCAACGCGCUGUCCGGCUCACUUCUCGACGCGCUGCCGCCGCAGGUCUUGUCCGUCGAGGCGCUCAACAACAGCCUCUCCGGGCCGCUGCAGGCCGCGGCCUUCCGCGCUCUCUCUGCGAUGAAGGUGCUGGACCUCACGGGCAAUGCGGUGACCGGCGCGGUCCCCGGCGCCGCGUUCGAGCACCCGGCGCUGGAGCAGCUGUGCCUCGGGUCCAACCAGCUCGGCGCGGUCGAGGAGGCGUCCGACGGCGGCGCGUCGAGCCAGCUCGUCGUGGUGGACCUCAGCGGCAACAGGAUCGCGGGGAAGCUGCCCAGGUGUCUCGCGGCGAUGCCGCGUCUCACGAUGGUGGGGCUCGACCAGAACCGGUUCGUAGGAGGCAUACCGGACACGUACGCCGCUCGUGUCUCGGAGGAGGAAGCCACUGGUGGGAAGCUGCCGUUCCAGAAGCUGACGCUACAGGGGAACUAUCUCUGCGGCGCCCUGCCCAGGCAGAUGAGGCAGAUCAAGGAGGGCAGUGCGGCGGUGAGUCUGGCGGACAACUGCUUGCUCGAGUGUCCACGAGAGUUCUUCUUCUGCCAAGGGCUCCCGCAGAAGAACCAUGCCACGUGCCCCAAGUGCGAGCCAUGA